AUGCUUGGUCAAGCGAGUAGAAGAGUUCCUUUGCUGGAGUGUGUUCGCUAUAAAAGGUUAAAGUUCAAACCGAAAAUAGCGCAUACACGACCGCAGAAGACUGCGAGUAUGCUGGCGAUGGAGCAUUUCGACUUUUAUUACGCACCUGUCUACGGCAAACAGUGGCCAUCGAUACGUCUUGGACUGCUCACACCGAAUAAGUAUAUGGCCAUCGUGAACACUUUCUCAAGAUCAUCAGAAGCAAGUGAGUUGAUUCUCGAAGAAAUCGGAGCCGUUGAUCUCAUCAAAGAAUUAAUUGGUACGAUAGCAAUAGAAAAAUUGGAAAAGAAACGAAAACUAAUGGAGGCGAAGGCACUGAAACAGCAGGAACAAGAUCAAAGUGUUAAAGGGAUGCAAUCUGGAGAAGUCGAGGAGAACGCGAAAACGCCAGAAGACUUGGAACUAGAAGAUUUGGAAAUGCGAGGGGAGGCUGGUCUUGGGGAAUUUCGGCGAUCUGAAGAAACACUGACAAGGAGCGAUCUGCAGUUGGGCAGGGGCAGACGUGAUCAGAGGGAUGCUCAUGAGAUAACGUUAGUUAUGAAUCACUGA